UCUACUACCAAAAAUUCACCUGCUUCGAAGAAUUCAUAUUAUGAAAGGCAAAAGUGUACUCAUACUGAUGAAGAAAACUAGUAGUUGCUUUCCUACUUGUACUUCAAAAAUGCCAGCUAGUUUAUUGAGAAGUACUAUGAGUGCACUUGUUUUCCUUUCAUACAUAUGCACAGUGUUUUACGACAAUCAAGAAGAUCUUCGACCAGCAACUACCACAGGAGUUGCGACGUCCAAGAACUCAGAUUCCGUAGAAGCCAAAUUGAAGCGCUGGGACAAACUCUUUGCUCCUGGUUCGAUCAUAGGAAAUGGCCCACUAUUGAAUAACAACACUAGUGCUGAUGGUAAGAACAACACCCGGAGAACAUC